CGUCAAUGUGGCCUUGAACCCGUGACCCGCAUGGCAUAAAGACGGAAGUUUCAAAGGGGAGGGCUAUAGUGUUGUAGAAGGAAGUGUUAGAAUGUUGUCACUUUGAAUUUCGGAAAUAUUGUGAUUGAUCAGUUGUAAAUAUAUCUUAAUUUGUAAAAAUGUGGAAAGCAUCAGCUGGUGUCAACGUUAAUGCCAAAAAUAUAAUUCAGGAUGAUGAUGAUUGGGAAACUGACCCAGAUUUUGUUAAUGAUGUAACUGAAGAAGAACAGAGAUGGGGAGCUAAGACAGUUGAAGGUUCUGGUCAUCAGGCUUCUCUUAGUUUAAAAGAGCUGAGAAAAGAUGUAACAAAAAAUGAUGAAAAGGUGAAGAAAGCUCAGUAUGAAGCUGGUCCAAAAGCAUCCCAUGGUUAUGGUGGACAGUUUGGUGUAGAAAAAGAUAGAAUGGACAAAUCUGCUGUAGGACAUGACCACUUGGAGAAGCUAAAUAAACAUGCAAGUCAAACAGAUGCUGCUAAAGGCUUUGGAGGAAAAUACGGUGUACAGACAGACAGAAUUGAUAAGUCUGCCGUUGAUUAUAAAUAUGAAGGGAAAACCGAGAAGCAUGCAUCUCAAAAAGAUUAUAGCCAAGGUUUUGGUGGAAAAUAUGGUGUACAGAAUGAUAGACAGGAUAAAUCUGCUGUAGGUUGGGAACAUAAAGAACAAGUAGCAAAACAUGCUUCACAAAAAGAUUAUUCAGUUGGUUUUGGUGGUAAAUAUGGUGUCCAGAAAGAUAGACAAGAUGCUUCAGCUCAAGGUUGGGAAGGUGUCAACAAAACAGAAUUACAUCCAUCUCAGAAAGACAUGAAAAAAGGUUUUGGUGGAAAGUUCGGUGUAGACAAAGACAAUAUGGACAAAAAUGCUGUAGGUUAUGGUGGAGGUGUUAAUAAGACGGAACUUCACCCAUCCCAGACGGACAUGAAAAAAGGUUUUGGUGGAAAAUAUGGCGUUGACGAACAUAUGGAUAAAGGAGCACAAGGCUGGGAUGGUGUUAAUAAGACAGAGCUUCAUCCAUCUCAAACGGACAUGAAGAAAGGUUUUGGUGGGAAAUAUGGCAUUGACGAGCAUAUGGAUAAAGGAGCACUGGGCUGGGAUGCUGUUAAUAAGACAGAACUUCACCCAUCUCAGACGGAUAUGAAGAAAGGUUUUGGUGGAAAGUUUGGUGUGGAUAAAGAAAGUAUGGAUAAGUCAGCUGUUGGUUAUGAAGAUAAUAAAGGAGUUUCUAGUAGUUAUCAGAAAGUUCGAGCUAGUGGCAGUUCGGAAGGUGCAAGCAAUUUAAAAGCCAGAUUUGAAAACAUGGCCAAAUCAUCUGAAGACGAGAACAGAAAAAGGGCAGAAGAAGAAAGAGCCAGACGACAAGCUAGAGAAGAACGGGAGAAAGCUGCUCAACAGAAACAACAAGAGGUAGGCCUAAAUAUCAACAACUUUUAUUAA